UGUGUUACAGCAGGAUCUCGGUAACAAGGCAACAGAGCUUGAAACAGCACGUCAAGCACAUGAGCAGCAGCUGAAACAGAUCUCGGACCAGCUCCGGGAAGCGACUGAGCGUAUGGAUAGACUCGAGCAAGAGACAGAACGUAUGUCCUCCCAGAUUGUUGACUAUGAACGGAUAUGUGCCGAGAAUGAUGCACAAAUUCAUGUGCAACAAGAGGAGAUACAAUCACUACAGGCUCGUAUCCAAGAAAAUGGUCAAGUCAUUCAAGAUUUGACAACACGGUUAGAGGCAAAAGAAAAAGAGGUCGAAACACAGCAUCAUGAGAUAGAACAACAAGGUGCUCUCAUCCAGAGCCUCCAGACCCAGUUCAAGAUCUACCGUCAGCACAUGAGUCAGGUGCUUAAAGAUCAAAGAGAGACCAAGUGCCAGGGUCACUACAGAGAGCUCAACAGACUCCUGUCAGAACUGCAUGAAGCCAAAAAGUUUAUUAAUCAGCAGGCCAUUCACCUUGAUAACCUUAAAUCCGAUAUCUAUUGGCUCAAUUCAAGAUGUGAUAAAGCCGAACAAUCAGUCAAGGAUAUGUAUCAGGAUAGACUGGACCAAUACAAAUUUUAUCAACUCUUUUACCAUAAUAAACUUUUAGUCAUGAAGCAUGAAAACAAGAAAACACAACAACAACAACAACAAAGGAUAGCGAGAAAACCCAUAAAGAAAGAAACAGAAAGACCUGUUUCUAAUUGUAGCUCACAAAGUACAUUUUCCUUCUCAAGUAGAUCCACUGUGUCUAUACAAGAAGCCGAGCAUUUACAAAGUAAGUCUUUUCUUAAAUGUUUGCUGUUGCUCACUCUUUUUUAACAUAGUCAAAAUGAAUCCUCAUCUUGGUACUGUUUCACAUUAGCCUAAUACCCUUUUUUAUUUACAUACAAACAUAUACCUCUU